CAACAACACCAACUGAAUCAUCACCAUCACCGCCACCUCCCGCUCCACUUCUCUGCCUCACUCCCCUCCCCAUUCCCCAUUCCCCAUUCCCCCGUCCCCCGUCCUCCAUAUCAACCCCCAAUCCUUGUCCGCCGGAUUCUAUUCGCAGCGCCGAAAACAACGUGAUCGAGGCCUCCUGCGUCCUGUCCCACUCCGCCGAUCGAGCGCCCCAAUCGCUGUCCGCCCUGCUUAUUAUUUAUAUUUACUUCAACCCUACCUCCUACCCUACCUACUACUGCGUAAGCCGCCUGUCUGCUCCAUCCCACCCCCAAUAGUAAAAGCCAGCUUUUCUCUCCCCUACCGACCCCCGGAUCUGUCCUUUGUCCUUCGAAAACAUCCUAGAUCCUUGUGCUGCUCGUGGCGCCGCUCCCCCGGUAAACCCGCAUCGCAUUUUGCUGGUCCGCCGGCCUUUGCAUCCUAGAGGUGCUAUCUUCCGCGGACGGCGGCGUGUUUAGGGUCUUGUACAAAGUUAUAUUUGUACCCGAAGAAGGAUAAAUACCUACACACUUUGUCUAGUUUCUAGUUGUCUAGUUGUCGCUGGAAGCCUUACAAACCCGCCUGGAAAGCGUGACUUUUUUUCUCUCU